CCUUUUCACAAAUUACCAUUAUGUGUGAGGUAACUAAUAAUUAUUGCCUUUAUCUUUUCUCCUCGAGAAUAACCCUUUAUGUUUCUAAUGUUUGCUUUCCUCUCCCCGUAUUCUCUCGACUUUCCACUUUUACUUUGUUGAAGAAGAAAUGGAGAGGGAGAGGGAGAGGCACUUCUUCCAAUGCUUUUUAUGUUUUUCCUUAGUGGUUACUCCAUUAGUAGCACUCAAAAUUUGUCAUAUAUAAUAAGUCCCCACUCUCCAACGGCUAUCCACAAAUGUAUUGGUAUAAAGUUGAAGUAGAGAGAUGCUGAAGAAGAUGAUGGCGAUGGUGGCAUCCAAAGUUAUGGCGAUCAAGGAUAGGAUGAGAGCCAUAGAGACUCAGCUCAUGAUACAAUCGCUUCUCUUGCGGGACAAGAGGAUGGUCCGCCACCUCUUCCGACGGAGGAAUCACGUUAAGCAGUUGGACAUAGUCCAGGAGGAUGAUGACAAUUCAGAGUUUGUUGUAAACAGCUCCUCCGUUGCUACGUCUCCAGCCAGUGUGGUGCAGGUGGCAGAGGAGAUUGAGGACACCAUGACCAUGGACAUGGAAGACGACGAUGAUAUGUAUUCAGAUCCGGAGCAUUAUUCCCCUCUCCCGGAGGAAGAGGAAGAGGAGGAGGGGGAGGUUUCUUCGGAACUCAAAUUGGAGGAUGAUAUAGAUAAGGUAGCUGACCUCUUUAUCCAAAGAUUUCAUCACCAGAUUUGGUUGCAGAAGCAACACUCUGACGAAGGGAUCCACGCUUGAGGAGGCUAUGGUUACUCUCUCUCUCUCUAGUAUUAUUAUUCUCAAGUCUCCACUUCCAAAUUUUUGUGCUAGAGAUGACAAAUAUGCCAUCAUGGGAUACAGAAAAGUAUCCUCGAUGUAUUUAAAGUUAUGACAAAAUUAUAGGGUGAUUUUGGAUUGUGCAA